AUGGCAAAUACCACCGGAAGAAUUCCUUUAUGGUUAAUAGGUACUGUAGCUGGUAUUCUUGUACUUGGUUUACUAGGCAUCUUUUUUUAUGGCUCAUACUCUGGAUUAGGGUCAUCUUUAUAA